GAGGCCCCUAAGACAAAAUCUCACUGAGCACGGAAACCGAACUACGGGUAAGCAGGUUGAUUGUGUGUAAUGCUACUGUGAAUAAUGAAUCGUGUGCAGACCAUAGCUGAACCCUAAGACCAGUGGUCAGAUAUAUCACACCGAAGUGUCCGUUAAAUUUCCAGAUUGUUCCUUUAGGAGGAAAUUGACGUACGUAGCUAUAUUGCGUACCGCCAAGCUCUACUGUAGUACUGUACUGUAAACACUCGAUGAUCGAUCUUCUGGCUGUGGUCAGCACACCGUAGUUUGCCGGCGAUCCACCGUUGACCUAUUUUUCAACCGUGACCUUAAAUACCUUUCCUGACCCGCCCCUGACUCAGGUGACUUGUAUCACAAUGAAAUACCACGGCUGGAGGAAGUAUCUGGUGGCGGUCUGGGCUUUUAUAGAAACCUUUCUGUUUGCGGGGUUGUUGUACGGCUGGGCUUCCGUAAAUUGGAUUCUAAAACAGGAAAAUGUGUAUGCUGACCUUUGUCCUCAGACGACCUUCAAAACUAAUGUUACCAUAAAUGGGACCGAUAAUGUUGUGACGUACGACACUGUUGGGGGGAACACGACAUCCCAGAACGGCACUGAUGUUGGACCGAAUCCCAUUGGAUACAGACCCCAGUGUCGACCCCAGGACGAAAAGUUUGCUCUGUGUUUCACGAUCGGCUCGGCACUUUUUUGCGCAAGCUCGGCAUUAUUUGGACACAUCAAUUACAAAUUCGGAACUCGUAUUACACGGAUAUGUUCAAUGAUCAUCUUCAUGUCGGGAACUAUUAUGUUCGCGUUCGUGGACACAGAAAGGCCCUGGCUGAUCUACCCAGGUCUCGCCUUCAUCGGGAUGGGCGGCCUACCACUGUUAGUUACCAAUGCCCAGAUCGGGAAUUUGUUUCCCAAAGGAAGUUCAACAUGGAUAGGACUUCUAUGUGGGGGAUUUGAUUGCUCAUCCGCGGUACAAUUUAUGGUCAAAGGAGCGUAUGAGACGGGGAUAAGAAUACAAUACUCCUAUGGCCUCCUGACAGGACUACAUUUGAUGGUGGGGGUGAGCACUUUUUUCUUCCUUCCAAAGAAAUUCAUUCCUCGUCCGUCAGAAGCAGCCGCUACUGAAGUGGCACAGGAUGAAAAAACGAUCGACCUACUAGAGAACGAUAAGCUGAACGGGAGUACCACCCAAGAAAAUGGCCAAGUAUAUGAGAAGACGACGUUUGAAGUGAGUGAUGAAAAAGCUUCCGACACACCAUCCCUUAAGUCGUGCUUGAUGUCCGCAACCUUUCUCCUGCAUGUGUUCUGGCUGUGUCUGCUGCAACUCCGCUUCUACUUCUUCCUGUCUUCUGUCAACACUUACCUGCAUAGGAUCACCAAUAACGACAAGUAUAAAGUGAGUUAUUUUACGAAUGUGAUGAUGUACACGAUGCUGGGAGGUUUGUUCUCUUCCAUGUUCUCCGGGAUUGUGUAUGACUGGCAGAGGAGGAUGUUCCAGGACAGUCGAAUGGCCCUCAGGCGGAAGUUGAUGCCAGCGAUCUUACCUUUGAUGAUCACGUGUGGACUGGGCGUCCUGCUGUCAGUACUUGUGCUCAUUCCCCAAGAGGAGGUUCUAUACUUCGUAUUCAUCGUCAUGACCUUAUACAGGUCCUUUAUCUACAGUAUUGGAGCAGCCUACCUCAGUGCAAUGUUCCCUAACGAGUACUUCGGCUUGCUGUACGGAGUAUGGAUCAUUGCUGCCGGUAUAGUAGGAUUCCUUCAAAUCGUAUUCUUCAACUGGGCGCAGUCGUACCUUGAAGGUCCAUUCCACGCGGAUCUAUUUUGCCUCUGUUUCGUGACCCUGUCGUUCAUCCAUCCAAUCUUUCAAUGGUUGAAGUGUCGAAGGGAGGCCUACAACAUGUCAUAACAAUAUUAUGGAACAAAGGAGAAACGUUAUGAUGUCAUGUGUGAGAGCUGCAAUAUUCAUUCCAAAACAAAUCUUUUGAGACUGGGUCUAUAUACAUGGAAAGCCAACGCGUUAUUGCACGCAACAGCAGUGAACACCAUGGUACUAGGACUUUGCAACGUUUUCCUAUGGAACAAUAAUGAUGUAGUACCAGUCACAUUGGGCUGUUUCACAGGGCGUUUAUAUAUUUAGAGACCAGACUUUACAGGAGAAUGGAAAGUGUAUAAGGUUUCUAAAAUGAAAUGACAAUGUAUUUUGAAUCAUUAUUUAAGAGCAUACUAACACUUCCACAAAAGACAAAAGUGAUAUGAAUAUGAAUAUAAAGGACGAAUUAAACGAUAAUUCGUAUAGGGAUCCAUUGAUCCUACUUGUGUACAGAGUUUGAAAAAGAACGUUGCCAAAAAUACUAAAAAUAAUCAUUUUGUCCAAGUUAAUGAAGAGCGGCUUAUGGUUAAUUAAAAAAGUCGGAUAUAGAAAGCAUUUAAAAUAUCAAGUGAGAUUAUAGUGUUGGUUCAUUAUGGUUUAAUAAGAUUUUGAACGCGAUAUACCAAGGUAUAUGUAACAAUCAUUCAUAUUGACAUCAUAUAUCACAGUUAACUUGUACCUAUGAACCAAAGUUUAGAAACUGAGAUUAGAAGCAUAUAAUUGGACUGAGUUUAAUGAUCGCACUAUGUUGACAUCUUAUUUUCAUAUAGUUGAAGACAAUGACUUCACAUUUGUUUACUACCUAAUAUUUGGCAUUGCUUUUUUACGUUUCGUCUUUUCUGUGCUUUUUUAUGUUUGCAGUGCACAUGGUGUUAUUGAGUUGAUAUCUUAUGCUUUUACCCCUUGUCAAGUUCCUCAAUAUCAUGAAAUGCUUUUUUUAGUCUUUUACAAUCGUUUGAAUGUUAGUUUUCCCGUGUAAUCAUUUCGUGCCACUGACCUUGUUAGUAGAAGAACGUAGGCACACACACAGGUGAUUGCUUCUUUAAAUUUUUGUAAAAAACAUUCGAAUUCCUCACGAUCAGGUAACACAUUUAUUGUCAUUUGCUAUUUAUUGUGUACAUGUGAAUGUUCUCAUUUAAAUCAGUUCGGGCGGUUCACCCGGUUACCAAGACAUGCUGUCCUCAAGACCAAAUCACACUUUUAUUGCCAAUUACUAUUGUUUUAAUGUGAAUUUCCUCAUACUCUUACAAAUCUCUGUCAAUUUCCUCAAGAUCAAAUAACAUUUUACUUUUCAAUUUUAUGAUGACACGUAACAUAAUUGUAAUUUACUUUUGUUUUAAUGUUAAAUUUCCUCUUGUAAUCCUACGUGCCAUUAACACUUCUUCAAAUUUAUGUCGAUUUCCUCACGAUCAAAUAGCAUAUUUUUGUCAUUUAUAACGAUAUUGAUGUGAAUCCGACCAUAUGACUUCUUAAAACUAUUUACCUUGCUUCCUGUUGUUGUUAAUUUCCUCAAUACUUCUAAUACGUUCCUGCUGUUGACCGAAUCAUGCCAACUUUUGUUCGAUUACGUACUUUACUAGCGCUGAAAUUGAAUUUUUAUUGAAACAAAUACUAUUUGCUUUUAAUACGGUAAAGAAGCCACAUGAUUUGUGUUGGAAAAUUGCAUUUAUCUUUUUGAAUAUUUUAAUAUACUCCUACCCAAUAUUAAUUGAUGCCUUGUUUUUCCAAUUUACCAUGUUUUGAGAAACUUUUCAUUAAUAUCUGUUUUGCUAAGUGCUUAUUUGAAUUUUCCUUCGGAUAUAACAUUGACGAUUAAUUACUUUUUGAUGUAAUUUGAAAUGUACCAGCUUUUUAGGCAGAUGCACCGUUCGCUUUAAAAGGAAUGUUGUUGCAUAGAGGGCCCAAUGUCCGGCAUGCCGGUGGUUGUGACGAUGGUAUUAAAGAAUAUGUUAUGUUUCAUGGAGUUGAUUGUGGGAUGUUGUUUGAUAUAUGGUAGGAGUUAUAUCAUGUAUUCUUGUUUAACCUACCAAUGUUUGUAUUACAAUAGAGAAUAAAUGAUAUUUUGUA